CUGUUUAUAUUUACAUCUAACACAAUUUCCCAACUCAUAUGGAAACAAGGUUUGUAGUAUUCUAGUAAUUUUAUAUUAUUCUUCUUCUAUUGUUAUACUAGUACUCAUGUAGUGUUGUACUAUUAGUUUACUAGUGUUACACCAGUCCUCUACCAGUGUUUAUAUUAGUACUCUACUAGUUUUAUACUAGUACUCUAGUAGUGUUGUAUAAGUUGUCUGCUAGGGUUUUAAUAGUACUCUAGUAGUGUUGUACCAGUUCUCUACUAGGAUUAUAAUAGGUUUCUGUUGUGUUAUUGUACUACUCUACUAGUGAUAUACUAGUAGUCUUAUACUAGUCCUACUAGUGUUGUAUUAGUACUGUAAUAAUGUUGUAGUAGUACUCUCGUAGUGGUAUACUGGUCCUCUGAGUGUUAUACUAGUAUUUUACCAGUAGUCUUGUAUUUAGUAUCAUUGAAGUACAAAGUAGUACUAGUUGUCUAGUAGUAUAGUACUAAUACUGGACAGAAAGUAUUUAGUAUCAUUGAAGUACAGAGUAGUACUGUUUGUCUAGUAGUGUAGUACUAGUACUGGAGAAAAAGUAUUUAGUAUCAUUGAAGUACAGAGUAGUACUAGUAGUCUUGUACUAGUACUUGACAACAAGUAUUUGGUGUCAUCGAAGUACAUCAUAGUUCUAGUUGUCUGGUAGUGUUGUACUAGUACUUGACAACAAGUACUGUAUUUGGUAUCAUUGAAGUACUAGUUGUCUAGUAGUGUAGUACUAUUACUAUACAAAAGUUUUUAGUAUGAUGAAAGUACAGAGUAGUACUAGUUGUUCAGUAGUGUAGUACUAGUACUUGACAAAAAGUAUUUGGUGUCAUCGAAGUACAUUUUAGUACUAGUUGUUUGGUAGUGUAGUACUAGUAUUUGACAACAAGUAUUUAGUAUCAUUGAAGUACAGUGAAGUACUAGUUGUCUUGUAGUGUAGUACUAGUACUUGACAACAAGUAUUUAGUAUCAUUGAAGUACAGUGAAGUACUAGUUGUCUUGUAGUGUAGUACUAGUACUUGACAACAAGUAUUUAGUAUCAUUGAAGUACAGUGAAGUACUAGUUGUCUUGUAGUGUAGUACUAGUACUUGACAACAAGUAUUUAGUCUCAUUGAAGUACAGUGAAGUACUAGUUGUCUAGUAGUGUAGUACUAGUACUUGACAACAAGUAUUUAGUAUCAUUGAAGUACAGUGAAGUACUAGUUGUCUGUAGUGUAGUACUAGUACUUGACAAGUAUUUAGUAUGAUGGAAUUACAGAGUGGUACUAGUUGUCUAGUAGUGUUGUACUAGUACUUGACAACAACUAUUUAGAAUGAUGGAAUUACAGUGAAGUACUAGUUGUCUAGUAGUGUAGUACUAGUACUUGACAACAAGUAUUUAGUAUCAUUGAAGUACAGUGAAGUACUAGUUAUCUUGUAGUGUAGUACUAGUACUUGACAACAAGUAUUUAGUAUGAUGGAAUUACAGAGUAGUACUAGUUGUCUAGUAGUGUAGUACUAGUACUUGACAACAAGUAUUUAGAAUGAUGGAAUUACAGUGAAGUACUAGUUGUCUAGUAGUGUAGUAUUAGUACUUGAGAAAAAGUAUUUAGUAUCAUUGAAGUACAGAGUAGUACUAGAUGUCUAGUAAUGUUGUAGUAGUACUUGACAACAAUUAUUUAGUGUCAUUGAAGUACAGAGUAGUACUAGUUGUCUAAUAGUCUUGUACUAGUACUUGACAACAAGUAUUUGGUGUCAUCGAAGCACAUUAUAGUUCUAGUUGACUGGUAGUGUUGUACUAGUACUUGACUACAAGUACUGUAUUUAGUAUCAUUGAAGUACAGUGAAGUACUAGUUGUCUAGUAGUGUUGUACUAGUGCUUGACAAAUGUUUUUAGUAUGAUGAAAUUACAGAGUAGUACUAGUUGUUCUGUAGUGUAGUACUAGUACUUGACAAAGUAUUUAGUAUAAUGGAAGUAAAUUGUAGUACUAGUUGUCUAUUAGUGUAGUACUAGUACUUGACAAAGUAUUUAGUAUGAUGGAAUCACAGAGUAGUACUAGUUGUCCAGUAGUGUAAUACUAGUACUUGACAAAAGUUUUUAGUAUGAUGAAAGUACAGAGUAGUACUAGUUGUUCAGUAGUGUAGUACUAGUACUUGACAAACAGUAUUUGGUGUCAUCAAAGUACAUUUUAGUACUAGUUGUUUGGUAGUGUAGUACUAGUAUUUGACAACAAGUAUUUAGUAUCAGGGCUUCACGGUGGCAGAGGGGUUAGUGCGUCUGCCUCACAAUACGAAGGUCCUGCAGUCCUGGGUUCAAAUCCAGGCUCGGGACCUUUCUGUGUGGAGUUUGCAUGUUCUCCCCGUGAAUGCGUGGGUUCCCUCCGGGUACUCCGGCUUCCUCCCACUUCCAAAGACAUGCACCUGGGGAUAGGUUGAUUGGCAACACUAAAUGGUCCCUAGUGUGUGAAUGUGAGUGUGAAUGUUGUCUGUCUAUCUGUGUUGGCCCUGUGAUAAGGUGGCGACUUGUCCAGGGUGUACCCCGCCUUCCGCCCUAUUGUAGCUGAGAUAGGCGCCAGCGCCCCCACGACCCCAAAAGGGAAUAAGCGGUAGAAAAUGGAUGGAUGGAUAUUUAGUAUCAUUGAAGUACAGUGAAGUACUAGUUGUCUAGUAGUGUAGUACUAGUACUUGACAACAAGUAUUUAGUAUGAUGGAAUUACAGAGUAGUACUAGUUGUCUAGUGGUGUAGUACUAGUACUUGACAACAAGUAUUUAGUAUGAUGGAAUUACAGAGUAGUACUGAAACAAGUGCAACCCCCCACCCCACCACCCCAGCACCGUGGCUGUCAACUUGAUGUGGUUUCCUGUCAGGAGGCGGGGCCAAGGCGAGGCGGUGUAGGUGGCUGGUGAUUGGUGCACAGUGUUGUGCUGCAAGGCGGGAGGGGAAGGUCAGCAGCUGAUUGGCUGAGCAGAAGAGGAGAUAGAGAAGACAUGUUUGGCGUGCAGGUGAGUCACUUCCUGUGUGAGGCCAUGGCGCCGAGUGUUCUCUCCAUGGACGUCCCCCUGAUGCUGGCGCUGGCCACGGUAGCGCUGCUGUGCGGCGUGCUGCUGGCGUGUGUGGACUGCUGGAGGAACGCACCGCCGGUUUCCAUCCGGGAAGACACGGCCACAGCCGAGUACAUCCUCUCCACCAAUUUCCCGCACGCACUACCACAUUUCCUGAUGAUCUCUCCGACCUCUGACCUGCUCUCACCUAUGGCUCCGCCUCCAGACCCCGGCAGUGGGAGCGAGCGAGGAUGCGUGACGCCCACACAAAGCGAAAGUAACGCCAGCUACGAGAACUCCCACGCAGGACUGGACUACCCAGAAUGCUUUGCUGAGGACUACGUCCUGGUCCUGCCCGAUGCUUCCACCAAUCAGAGCGCAGCCUCCACGCCCAGCUCAGGUGUCCGCCACGAGUACGUCAACGUGCCCGCAGCUGAGUGGAGGGAACCUUCCGGAAGCUCGCCGGUCCGAGCCAUGGAGCGUCUCUCCUUGUCAGAUGACAGGGAGUAUUUGGACGUGACGCCUCACAGCGCUGCCUCAACAGGAAGUGCAUCAGGAGAAUCGUCCACGCUGUCGUCGCAGAGCGAAGAAGACGAGGCCCAAUACGUCAACCAACCCGUGUAGGGGGCGGAGUCACACGCGGUGACCUGCCAGCCCAGUGCAUGAUGGGAAGGAGACUGCAAACUGAACAAAAAUCUGACAACUCCUGAGAAUGUUUUCACACUAUUAAAUGUCAACAAUACACCGUC